CUUCUUAAAAACCUGACCCGAUCACAAAUCUGAGAGAAGAGUCUCAACUGCUCUCAACUUCUCUCUUCCACCACCCGCAAUGGUUUCUUUCAAAGAAAUAAAGGCCUCCAACGCCCUCAUCAACGAUGCCACCGCCCCAGGCGUCGCCGUCUUCGUUGGCGGCACAUCAGGCAUCGGACAACUCACAGUGAGAGCCUUGGUCGCCACAGGCGCAAGCGUCAGAAUCUACCUCGUCGGGCGCAAGAGUUCCGAGGAGCGCACGCGUGUCUUCAUUCUGGAGUUACAGGCCAUCAACCCCAAGGCGGAAGUCAUUUGGACCGAAGGCGAGGUCUCGCUGCUCGCCGAAACAAAGAGAGUUUGCGAGGUCAUCAAAAGCAAGGAGUCACGCAUCGACCUACUCUUCCUCACCCCGGGAUACGCACCAUUCAACACACGCCAGGAGACUGCCGAGGGCUUGGAAAUGGUUCAGAGCUUGGCAUACUACUCGCGAAUGCUGUUCAUUCAUCAUCUUCUGCCUCUUCUGAAUAAAGCAGAAGCCCCCAAGGUCGUCAGCGUUCUGGGCGGGGGGCUAGAGCAGACGACUAUCCUCUUGGACGACUUGGACCUGAAGAAACCCGAGAACUUUGGCCCUAUGAAGGUUCAGCUGCAAUACGUAACGAUGAAUACGACGUCUUUGGAAAAGCUGGCCAACGACAACCCCGAUGUGACCUUCAUCCACUCCUGGCCCGGGUGGGUCAACACUGGAAAUGUAUGGAGGGGAGUAGACCCGGGUUCGAUCAUGGCCUGGUUCAUCUGGCUUAUUCUUGAGCCCCUUAUCCGCAUAUUUUCGUUCAGCGAUGAGGAGUCUGGACAGAGGCAUUUGUUCCAAAGCACCAGUGCUGCAUAUGGCGGUCGGGGUGUACCAUGGAACGGCAAGGAAGGUGUGAAUUCGCUGGAGAAGCCGACGAAUGGGUUGUUUAUGGUCAACUAUAAGUGUGACUGUACUCCGAAUGCAAAGGUCAUGCAUACUCUUCGAGAAAAGGCGCAGGCAAAGAUUUGGGACCAUACCCAGGAACUCCUUCGACCUUAUCUAUAGGCCGGAAACUUCUUCAUGAGUUCAAUAGACCUUCUUUUGCCCCUUUUUUCAUCAACAGGUAUCAGAAAGUGGAUCUCAAAGACGCAAGUGUCUAGAAAAUAGAUUAGACGUACUCAACUCUUUAUUACACUGAGAAGCAGAAAUGCUACGACUCCUCCUGCGCAAAAUAAUUUCACUUUAUAGUUUGCAUGAUUUCCAGCAGAUCUAGCUUUUUCAAGACGCAGCUGUUACUGCAGCUCAUUGAGGUAUUGGGAAAGGUAAUCAGUUGGACUAGAAACCUUAGUCUG